AUGAAGAGAACUGAACCUCAAUUAAGGUCAUCUUCUUCCAGUACACCUACUACCUCUACAUCUUCUAGUGGUGCUAGUGGUGGUGGUAGUAGUAGUACUGUUGGAAGUAGUAGUAGUAGUGUUAAGCGAACUACUACUACCCCUACAUCUACAACAUCAUCUUCAUCUACAACAUUAAAAUCAAAACCACUUAGUUCUAUUACAUCUACACCUAGAACGACAAGUAGUAGUUCACUGACUACAAAACAUUCAACAUUACCAGCAUCUUUACCUUCUAGAACAACAACAACAACUUCAAGUUCAAGUAGUAAGCCAUUGUCUACUACCACUACCAAACCAACAACAACAACAUCUACCAGUAAAUCAAGUUCAACAGUUAGUAAAGUAUCACCAACAACUAGAACAUCACUUUCAAGUAGAACUACCACAACCACAACAUCAACAACCAGUAGAACGAAAUUAAGUUCAUCUAGCAGCGGUCUAAGUACAACCAAAACAGCAAAGACCGCUUCUAGUACUGUUUCUUCGUCGACUGUCAAACCAACUAAAGUAAUAUCAUCAAACGUUGAUAAUGGUAAUCAAAAUUACGAACAAUUCAGCCCAAACACACUGAAAGCAAUCAAUGUCGAUACCAAUAGUUUAGCAAGUAGCACUUCUUCAGAGUUUUCACAAGAUUUCGAACGUGUUGUAUCAGAGUUUAUUGUACUUGAUGAGAAACAACAACAACAACAGCAGCAACAACAACAACAAUACCAGCAACAAAUAGUCAUUUCGGAUAGCUAUGAUUCACUUCCACAAGAGACAUUCCUCAAUGAUCCUACCAAUCCUAUUGUCAUUAGUGACAACGAAGAAGAGCCAGAAGAUGACAACUAUUCUACUCAACACGAAAAUAACUUUGACGAUGAGGAAGAAGAGGAAGAGAUAAACGAUGAGCAACAACAAGAGGAGGAAGAAGAAGAAGAAGAUCAAAUCGAACAUGUUAAUGAAGAGCAAGUCAGUCAACAAGAGGUACAAGAGCCGGUGGAACCAAUCGAAAGAAUAGCAACAAAGAAAUCUAGUGGUGGAAUAUUUUCAUCAUUUUUCAAUCUUUUACCUAAAUCUUUUGUUCAAACAAAAUCAACUACAACACAAUCUACACCUUUAUCAACAACAACAACAACAACAAUUAGUGACACAAAAACAACACAAGCAACACAAAUAACACCAACAACUAUUACAUCUACCUCCACUAGUAUAACAUCUAUCUCUACCUCUGAGAUUUUAGAGACAUUUACAUCACCAAACCAGCAUACAGUUGAAUCAACAACUAUAGUUGAGAAAGAAUCAUCUUCAGUUGAUAAAAAUCAAACACCACCAACAACAAUAACAGCUUCUCAAAAUCUUACAACCUCUAAUUCAAUAACAGAAACAAUUCAAAACACUAACAAUAGCAACAAUAACAAUAACAAUAGUAAUAAUAACAAUAGCAAUAGCAAUAAUAUUGUUUAUAAACAACCACCUCCACCUGUUCAACAACCAAUUCAAUAUCAACAACAACAACAACAACAACAACAAAAUUAUAGAUAUUCACAACAAAUGAUGAUGGGUCCACCACAACAACAACAACAACAAUAUCAACAACAAUUAUAUCAACAAAAGAGUAUGACAAUGAUGUCAAUGGCAAAUAUGAAUCCUAGAGAUAAUUUCCAAUCAAGUCAUUAUCAUCCAAUGUCACAAUCAUCACCAAACCUGACAAACUAUCGUGCAAGUCAACAAUUUAAUCCCAAUAUGUUUAUGCCACAUAAUCAACCGAAUGGUGUAGCUCUUUUACCAUUCGUUAUACCACCAGCAAAAGCAUUGUCGAUAUUCCAAGAUUGGUACAAGUCACUUUGGUUUGCACCCACCAACUUUAGAGAGCAGUUGGAGGAAACACUCGAUAUGAACUACUAUUUCGUUCCCUAUUACAACUUCAACUCAGUGGUCAGCUCUGUGCACAAAGGUAGCAUUGGUUUGGUAAAGAGUGAUCACCAACAACAGGUGGUAGUGGUAGGUGAUAAACAGAUGGAGCACUACAAUGAAGACGAGAUUGAAUGGUCCAAUGCAAUAUCAAAUGUAUAUCCACAGACCUAUAGUGAUAUGUUGAUCUAUUCACCAUUGGACUUUACAGAGGCGCCACUCUAUGAGGAUAUCAAAGAGAUUCAGUAUUGGAAGUUGGAUGUAGGUGAACCACACCAUGCUCAACACCCACAGCUUGCAAACUCUAUCUAUGAGCCAAUGAAAUACUAUCAGAACAACAAUAUCAACUAUCUACCACCAUUAGAUCAACCACCUGUAACAACUCAACAACCAACCACUGAUCCACAAUUAACAAAGAUCCCUCAAGUCAUACAACCAAUGGAGAUGAAUAGUGCAUGGGAAUUUGCAGAGGCAAAAAUCAAAAGAAACGAAUCCUAUGGUAAUGAUCAAAAGUUAAAGAAAGAUCAUAUGGCUCAUACUGUUUCAGAUGUUGAAACAACUACUCAAAUUGAUUCAUUUACAUUUAGAACUAUUUAUGCACCAAUUUAUAAAAUUAAUUAUCGAUUUGAAGGUACUCAAUAUUCAUUUAUUAUCAAUGGUCAAAAUGGAAAUUCGCAUGGUCAAAGACCUUAUGGUGUUGGUUCAAUCAAAAGUACAGCAAUCAAAUUCCUGACAGCAGGACUUUUUGAGAAUCAUAAUGGAACGGCCAAGGCAGAGAAAGAGAUUACACAAAAUGGAUUGAUUAAAGGUUCUGAUCUAAAUGAAGUGGAUUCCUUAGAUUAUUAUAAACCUGAUCUAUAUUAUCUCUUGUUGCCUGCAUCCGAUCAAUUCCUUAUGAUUAAAAGUAAAGGUUUCAUUAUUUUAAAGAAUAUUGGAAAACAAGAUAUAAAGCUUGAAGCUCACAAGAGAAUGAGUGAUGAAAUUGGUGGAAAUUGUUUAUUAAAAUCUGGUGAAACUCAAACUUUUGCAUACAAAGGUGUUUGGUGUAUAUGUGUUGUCGAAGGACAACAUUCUUCAUUGGAACUGAUCAGAGCAGAGACAAAUUCAGGAGGUGAUAAACCAGAAGGUGAUUUACUUAUGGUUUCCUCUUAG